AUGAGCCUGGAGGACAUCGAACGCCGGCUGCGCGCCCUGGAGGACGUCGAGGAGAUCAAACGCCUCAAGGCCCGCUACUGCGCCUACUGCGACGACAACUAUGACGCCGACAAGAUCGCCAGCCUGUUCGUCGCGGACGCGAUCUGGGACGGCGGCAUACGGGGCAGAGCCGAAGGCAGGGAGGGCAUCCGCGAAUUCUUCGUCAACGCUCCCAACCGGCUGCCCUUCGCCGUGCACAUGGUGAUGAACCCCAUCAUCGAGGUGAGCGGGGACACCGCCACCGGCGUCUGGUACCUGUUCCAGCCGUGCACCUACGCCGACGGCGACCGGGCGGUAUGGGGAUCUGCACGAUAUGACGAAGAGUACGUCAGAGUGGACGGCGUCUGGAUGUUCAAACACCUGAAGCUGACCUCCCACUUCUGGACCCCCUUUGACGAAGGAUGGGCUCAGACGCAAUUCGUGUAG